GCUCUCUCCGUCCCUCGCCGCUCAGACAGCAGUCAGUCGCACACAGGAGAGAGACAGGCUCACCUCAGAGACCCAUCCGCCGCGUCCGAACCGAAACGAAAGCAGCAGCAGCCAGCAGCCGGCAGCCGAGCGAGGAUGAAGGUGGAGGUGGUGGAGACGACGCUGGUGCCGCCGAGCGAGGCGACGCCGCGGCACGCGCUGUGGCUGUCCAACCUCGACCUGGCGGUGCCCAAGACCCACACGCCGCUCGUCUACUACUACCCCAGGCCCAAGCCCGCCGGCGACGGCAACGGCGACGGCGAGGGCGUGGGCGGCGGGGCCCCUUUCUUCGACCCGGCGCGGCUGCGGGACGCGCUGGCCCGGGCGCUGGUGCCCUUCUACCCGCUGGCGGGGCGGCUGGCGUCGGGCCCCGGCGGGCGGGUCGAGAUCGACUGCACGGGCGAGGGCGCGCUCUUCGCCGUCGCGCGCGCCGACUUCGCCGGCGACGAGGUGUUCCGGGACUUCGAGCCGUCCCCCGAGGCGCGCCGCCUCCUCGUGCCCUUCGCCGAGUCCGGCGAGCCACCCUGCGUGCUCGCCAUGGUCCAGGUCACCUUCCUCAAGUGCGGCGGCGUCACGGUGGGCACGGGCAUGCACCACGUGACCAUGGAUGGCGCCGGCGCGUUCCAGUUCAUCCGGGCGUGGACGGCGCUGGCGCGCGGGGAGUCCCCGCCGGCGCCGGCGCCGUUCCACGACCGGACCCUCCUCCGGGCGCGCUCCCCGCCGCGCGUCCCCUUCGAGCACCCGGUCUACUCCCCGUGCUACCUCAACGGCGCGCCGCGGCCCUUCGUGACUCGCACCUACGCCGUCGGGCCCAAGCUCCUGGCGGGCAUCCGGUCGCAGUGCGCGGCGGGGGCGUCCACCUACUGCGCCGUGACCGCGCACCUGUGGCGCGCCAUGUGCGUCGCCAGGGGCCUCCCCGCCGGCGCCGAGACGCGGCUCCGCGUGCCGGCCAACGUCCGGCAGCGCCUCCGCCCGCCGCUCCCCGCGGCCUACUUCGGGAAUGCGAUCGUGCGGGACCUGGUGACCGCGACGGUGGGGGACGUGCUGUCGCGCCCGCUGGGGUUCGUGGCGGAGCGGAUCAAGCGUGCCGUGUCGCGCGUGGACGACGCCUUCGUGCGCUCCGUGGUGGACUACCUGGAGCUCGAGUCGGACAAGGGCAGCCAGGCGGCGCGCGGGCAGCUCAUGCCGGAGUCGGACCUGUGGGUGGUAAGCUGGUUGGGGAUGCCCAUCUACGACGCCGACUUCGGGUGGGGACGCCCGGGGCUCGUCGCGCCGGCGCAGAUGUUCGGCAGCGGCACCGCGUACGUGACGCAGGGCCCCGACAAGGACGACCCCAUCAACGUGCUCUUCGCGCUCGAGCCCGAGUACCUGCAGACCUUCGAGAAGGCCUUCUACGCCGAGUACUGAUGACCUAUGACCGCCGCCGGCGAGCUGCCGGCUUGCGCCGCGACGUGAUGCCGUGGUGACUGCCGUCGGGUUCGUGUGUGGGGGGUCGGUGUGCCAAGCUGCUGCUGGUGUCUGUAUCAUAUUAGUAGUUACCAGCAUGUGUUGGGGAUGCUCUGCAUGCUUAGUUGCUUACUGUGACACCGUCGUCUUGGGUGUCGGUAUGAAGUGUGAUAACUGAUAAGGAACAGUGCAGGGUUUCAUUGCACGAUUCCAUAGUGUCAUGCGAUCUAAGUACAUUUAAGUUCGCGAAUGAAAUAAGGUCAUGUAAUGCAAAAUUUCAUUUUACGAUUUCAUAGACUAGCCACACAUUUAACUGUAAGGCCUGUGAUUGGAUGUAAUUGCUUGAAAUGAAACUCUAUAAUCCUCGAUGUAAGUUUCAACAUGUUUUAUAGUCU